AUGUCACAAGUGUCAUCAGCAAUGUCAUUAUGUUGUGAGAAGUUAACACUUUGGAUUCUUGUUGAAGGUGAUCCAGGUCCUACACAAUUUCCUGUUGAAUGGAACACCUCACCACCAAACUUGGAUGAUCUUGCAUGUAAACUUCGUACUCUUGUCACGAAUUUGAGCACAACUGAUGCAAGUCCUUUGGUUGUAUGUUACCCAUUCUCUAGUUCUGAAGAAGAUAAAAAGCAAAGUGGUGAAGAACAGGUUGAAAAUGAGUUUGCACUCAAUAAAGUAGCGGAGAAAAUUAAACUGAAUGAAAGUGGUGAAUAUGAGAUCAGAAAGAAGGCAUAUGGAGAAUGGGAAAUAAGUGAAGUUUUUGAGAAGUUACUGCAUAAGAGUGGAUCAUCAGUAGGUGACAUCAAUCAGUUUGACAUAGAAAAAUUUACACAACCAGAUCCAGAAAUUUCUGAUGAUAUAGUUAAUUCCUUUAUUGGUGAACUCAAGAGAAAAAAAAAGACCUUUAUUCACAUUAAUCGUAAUGAGAGCACCUGCAGAGAGUUUAUUUCUGCUUUUAUGACUGCAGCUGUUGAACAUGUCCAGUUAAAAGAAAGUAAACUUUGUCUCAAGAGUAAAGAGUGGCUUGAUGGAAGUCAUGGUUUUGGUCCUGUUGAAUAUUCUGUACAUCUUGAGGAAUUUGUUUUAUUUGUCUGUGAAGCUAAAAAAAGAGGAUUUUGA